GUAGAUCAAGGCCAUGUGGUAGAUAUUAGGAAUACGAAUAGAUUAAUAUUAUUUAUAAAGAAAAAUUAUAUUGUAUGGAUUUGAAACAAUAUAUCAAUUGAAAAAAUAACAUUUACUUUUCGUAACUUACUAUCAAUAAUAUCAAAGAGUGUUUAAAAAUUACGAUGGAGUCGUCAGCGUUACAGGGCGCAGAUAAUGUUUACGUGAAGACUGAGCCCUGUGAAGAUGUGCAUAUAAAACAUGAGCCAACUGUGAAAGCUGAGCCUUUGCUAGAUUAUGUGUGUGUAAAAGAUAAGCCCAGGUACGAAAGUGUGUCUAUAAAAGCGGAGCCAUGGUGCUCAGAUGUGUGUGUAAAAGACGAGUCACUCUGCGUGAGCGCGCCGCAUGAUGUGUGUGUAAAAGAGGAGUCACUCGACGUGAGUGCGGCGCAUAAUGUGUGUGUAAAAGACGAGCCCAGGUACGAGAGUGUGUCUAUAAAAGCGGAGCCAUGGUGCUCAGAUGUGUAUGUAAAAGAGGAGUCGCUCGGCGUGAGCGCGGCGGCAGAGGCGCUGUAUACAGAUCACGCCGUAAAAGAUGAGCUCGUGCUCGACCCCGUGCUAGUAGAGCGGCGCGUGCGCCACACACCAACAGCUUUCAACCUAGCAAUAGGAGUCAAGCAGUCGUGUGAGAUUGUCCCCUGGAGACCCUAUCUGAGGGACUGCUGUGUGAAGCUGGAGCGCCUUGAUGUGGACACGCUGCUCACCGUCACUCGGAGCAUAGACUGCAACAGCCCGACACAUGUUUAUAAUGGAAGUCACAAAAACAACACAGUUGGGGACCUUAAAGGAAACGAUAGAGGGCAAGCUACACAGAAGAAACCGAGCGAAAAUUACCAAUGUGCCCACUGUAAAUAUACAACAGCUAUGAAGUCACGGUUAAUAAGGCAUUUGAGGAUACAUACCAAUGAGAAGACAUACAGAUGUGAACAUUGUAGCUAUGCUGACAGCGACAAAGGUCGUUUUGCAGUUCAUGUAAGGAACCACACUGGUCAAAAACCAUACAAGUGCGAGUAUUGUAGCUAUGCUAGCACCAACGCAGCUUAUUUGCGGGACCAUGUAAAGCAACACACUGCUGAAAAGCGGUUCAAGUGCGAUCAGUGUAGUUAUGCUUGCUGGAAAAAAUGUAAGUUGAAGGUUCACGCAAGGAAACACACUGGUGAAAAGCCGUACAAGUGUGAGCAUUGCAGUUAUGCUUGUGCCCAAAAAUAUUAUUUGCAAAUUCAUUUAAAGCAACACACUGGAGAAAAGCCUCACAAAUGCGGACAUUGCAGUUAUGCUACGUAUUAUAAAAAUUGUCUGCUACUCCAUUUACAUAAACACAUUGAUCUAACGAAUUUUUGUGGACGCAUUGAUGAAAUGCCUUAAUAAGUGUAUAGUUCCGCUAGUGCCCAAAAAUGUCAUAUGCUAAACCAUGUAUGGAAGGAAACACACUGGAGAAAGUUCAAAAGUGAAACGCCAUGCGCAUGGUCA